AUGGACUUACUUCGACAACACCAAGUUGGGAAGUUGGAAAAAUUGCUUAAAUUUGGAGAAAUUCUUACCGAACAAGGAUUAAAUCAAGAACAUGGCCUCCAACGACCGGGUGAUACUCGUUGGGGAUUCCAUUUCAAGACUUUGAAAAAUUUCAUGAUUAUAUUUUCUUCAAUUGCUAAUGUGCUUAAAGAUAUGAAAGAAGAUUCUCCACAUGAUCUUGAUAAACUUGCAGCAGUUAUUGAUUUGCAACUUCAGGAGCUCAAUAAUCGUUUUGAUGUUGUGACUAGUGACUUACUCCUUGGUAUGGCUAGUUUGAAUCCACUUGAUUCAUUUGCUAAUUUUAGUAAGAGCAAAAUAAUGAAGUUGGCCGAAUAUUAUAAAAGUGAGUUUGGUGAUAAUGAACUUCGAGAUCUCAGUUAUCAGCUUGAUAGUUUCAUUGUCUAUGCUCGAGAGUGUGAUAGCAAGUUUCUCAACUUGAAGGGGAUUAAAGAUCUUGCUACGAUGAUGGCACAAACAAAAUUGGAUCAAACUUGGUCUCUUGUUUAUUUGCUUGUAAAGUUGGCUUUGAUUUUGCCUGUUGCUACGGCAAGUGUGGAAAUAGCAUUCUCCUCAAUGAAGCUCAUAAAAAAUGAUCUACGUAAUAGCAUUGGUGAAGAAUUUUUGAAUGGUUGUUUAGUUUGUAAGAUAGAGCGGAAGAUAUUUGAAAAUGUAAGUAAUGAUAUGCUACUAUAG